UGCGCGUUGCCGGGCAGUCAGCUGGCCGCGGGGCGAUAAGAGGGCGCGCGGCGCGGGGCGGCGGUGCUGCUGCUCCUCGGUGUUCGCUCACGUCCUGCCGCGCUCCGGGGGGAAAGGCGCCCGCUCCGCCAUGGCCGAGACGAUCGCGGACACCCGGCGGCUGAUCAGCAAGCCGCAGAACCUCAACGACGCCUACGGGCCGCCCAGCAACUUCCUGGAGAUCGACGUGGGCAACCCGCAGACGGUGGGGGUGGGCCGCGGCCGCUUCACCACCUACGAGAUCCGCGUCAAGACAAAUCUACCUAUCUUCAAAUUGAAAGAAUCCACAGUCAGAAGAAGAUACAGUGACUUUGAAUGGCUAAGGAAUGAACUAGAAAGAGAAAGCAAGGUUGUGGUACCUCCUCUACCAGGAAAAGCUCUUCUCCGUCAGCUCCCUUUCCGAGGCGAUGAUGGCAUAUUCGAUGAUUCCUUCAUAGAGGAAAGGAAGCAGGCUCUUGAGCAGUUCAUAAACAAGGUUGCAGGCCACCCACUGGCACAGAAUGAGCGCUGCCUUCACAUGUUCUUACAAGAUGAAGUAAUAGACAAAAACUACACACCAUCCAAAAUAAGACAUACUUGAGCUCUGAAUCCGUCUUCUCAAACAUUUAGUCGUUCUUAUGCUUGGUUUUAAGAGGUUGUAGUUUGUCUUAGCAUGCUGAGGAUAAACAGGCACGAAGUCUCCACUAACACCAGUGCACUGCUUGGUCUUUGCAUAUGCUUUCUAGCAUUAAAGAACUCACUUGUCUACUAGCUAAAUCCCUCCAAAUUCUUGAUUUAAGAGUAUUGUAUUAUGAGACCAUCCACCCCUUGCAACGCCUCACAAACCUUUCCACUCUUCUUUGCAAUGACUUAACAAUGUUUACUGACUUGGCCUUACUUGAACUUGCACAGUUGUAGUGUCACGUGUGCACUUGUAUCUGACUAAACUGCUCUGCUGUUUCUGAGGUAGUCAUCUGUCUGAACUUCUGUAGAAAGACUGCUUUAUUUCUGAUACUCUGUGUGAGGAACACUUAUGCAAUUGUCUUCAAGCUUGUAAAACACUUUAUACUGAAGUAAUGAGGGAAUUUAUCUUUAUAUUCUGUAAGAGGGGGGAAAAAAAAGUCAAAUUUAUAUACUAAAGUAACUUGUCUAAAGUUUUGAAAUAAAAGUGAAAAUGCACUUCAAAUGUUCUCUCACUCUUGACCUUGAGUUGUGGGGCUUCUCAUGCUUUCUGAGAAGCAGGGACUUGGUUGUACUAAGGGAACUGCUGUGUUCCAUCCUUGCCCUUCUGCUCUUCAGUGUUGUCUUGUCACUAGCAGCCAGCACCAAAUACUCUUAGAUGCUGGCACUCACUGUUCAAGUAUUAAAGAACAUAUGAAGGUAUUGAAGCUGUUCCCGUGCUGUGCAGCCAAAGCUGGAACCCCAUUCAUGGUAGGCAGUCAGCAGAUGCAUGGCUUCUAUGAGUUUGGGAAAAGAGUAGCUUUCUACUUGGCAUGAAGUAUCACUCCAGCUUCAACCAGCAAGUGACAAUUAUCCCAUCCUACAGAGAAAGGAAUGUUGUCGUAACCUGUAAUUUAUCUGCAGUCCUGGAUUAAAGUAGCUCUGCAAGUACAGCUAGGGACACAAAGUCAUACAAGCCUGGUGUAAAGUGUGAUCAUGGACCACUUCCCUGAAGCCUCUGAGAAGAGGCU